AUGCCGGGUGUCACUAUGGCUAUCAACCCGAAGGCUCCUACAGCGAGGAAAAGCCCCAUCACUCCCACACCAGGCCCCAAAGUCCCCGCAAAGUCCCAGCAGCAGCGCAAAACAUCCGUUUCCCAAGCCGUUCCAAAACUGCAGCAGCAGCGUAAAAUCUCUGCUGUGAAGCCGACGGUUAUGGUGGACAAUAAGAGGAAGAUCAAGGCCGAGAAUGUCUCACCGACGAUGGUUGAUCUCCAGGUCAAGCCUUUAGGAGCGGAUAAGGGUACUGCUCGGCCAGAAGCUAGGAACGAGUCUCCGCCGAAGAAGCAGAAGAUUGAGGGGAUGAAGAACGAGGCACGUAAUACAGCAUACCCGGCUGUACACGAAGCGGACUCCAUACUGACACUUCCUUAG